GCUGCCAUCAGCAGCACAGCCUCCAUCACCGAGGCGUGUCUGUGUGUGAUCGUGGACACGCACACGCGCACACACACGCACACCAUCGUGUGGAGGGAGUUUUCGGCCGAGCGAACCGGUUUUACUGGGAACUUCACCCCGGAAGUGACGGCGAGUUACACACAAGGGAAGUCCUACAGGUGGUAUGAAUAUACGUCCGCUGGAAAAAGUAGAGCGCUGCUGUCGUCGUUGAGUGAGCAGUGAGCGUCUCCGUCAGUGCUUUUGGCGGAGACGAGACGAGAAGACACACGAAGACAUGGACGUUCUGAAGAAAGGUUUGAACAAAGCCAAGGAAGGAGUGGUGGCCGCCGCAGAGAAGACCAAGCAGUCGGUGACAGGAGCUGCUGAGAUGACCAAGGAUGGGGUCAUGUUUGUAGGUACCAAAACAAAGGAUGGCGUCACUACAGUUGCAGGUAAAACAGUGGAAGGCGUGAGUCAGGUUGGCCAAACCAUGGUAACCAGCGUGACCGCCGUGGCCCACAAAACCGUGGAAGGGGCGGGCAGUAUCGUCGCAGCAACCGGAUUGGUCAAGAAGGAUCCAGCCAAACCAGGCGACGACAACGUGGGCGUGCAGGAUGUCAUCGAGUCACCGGUUGACACAGACACCGCCGAUGUGACGGAGGACGACACGGACUGAAGACGACCAUUGAAGAGGAAGACGAUCCAAACAUUCCGUGUUGCUCUGCCAAGUCCCGUCGUGCCUCGUUUUUGGUCCUGUAUGACGUCCGUGUUUGUACAGUAAAGCUAAGUAAAUGGUCGGGUGUGGGUUGUGUGUACUCGUAUGAUACGUCAGCAAAUGUGCCUCAGGUGUGUUGUGUGUGCUUUGGGACCAAACGUCAUCACUGCCACUUUGUGUUAGCAACAACUACAGUGGAACAGUAACGAUACAGUGUCUGCUAGCUGGAACAGUAACGAUAUGGAACAGUAACAAUAGUGUCUACUAGCUGGAACAGUAACGAUACAGUGUCUGCUAGCCGGAACAGUAACAAUAUGGAACAGUAACGAUACAGUGUCAGCUAGCCGGAACAGUAACGAUACAGUGUCUAAUAACUGGAACAGUAACGAUACAGUGUCUAAUAACUGGAACAGUAACGAUACAGUGUCUACCAGCCGGAAAAGUAACGAUACAGUGUCUGCUAGCCGGAACAGUAACGAUACAGUGUCUGCUAGCUGCAACAGUAACGAUACAGUGUCUGCUAGCUGCAACAGUAACGAUACAGUAUCUGCUAGCUGCAACAGUAACGAUAUGGAACAGUAACGAUACAGUGUCUGCUAGCCGGAGCAGUAACGAUACAGUGUCUGCUAGCCGGAACAGUAACGAUACAGUAUCUAAUAGCUGUAACAGUAACGAUACAGUGUCUGCUAGCUGGAACAGUAACGAUACAGUGUCUGCUAGCCGGAACAGUAACGAUACAGUGUCUAAUAACUGGAACAGUAACGAUAUGGAACAGUAACGAUACAGUGUCUGCUAGCCGGAGCAGUAACGAUACAGUGUCUGCUAGCCGGAGCAGUAACGAUACAGUGUCUGCUAGCUGGAACAGUAACGAUAUGGAACAGUAACGAUACAGUGUCUGCUAGCCGUAACAGAACGAUACAGUGUCUACCACAAUGAACCACCUAAGUGUCUAUGUGAUGGAUUUUUGGGCUAUUCUUUGGUAUCCUGAUGUCACUGUUCAUGUAUCAUAUUCCAUUUUCAGCAGUGAUGAACAAAACGCCUUAGUUGGAUUUUAGUGUGGAAUAAAAUGUGGUAAAAGCUUAGUCAUCGUGUUCUUUCAUCCACAGCAGGUGACAU